GGAACAGUGACCCGACCCACUUACUCACGAUGGAAAAUUCGCAAUCUAUUUUCCCAUUUCAAUUUGAUUUUCAGAAGCUCUAAUUUCAUGCAAACAAUUCGUAACAUAAAUCAAUUUUUUUUUCGUAAUUGACUGUAAUUUUCUCCUUUCAAAUCUUGUCAAUCGGUUAUUGUAAGAGAAAAAAGGCUCAGUGGUUGGUAAACCAUGUCCUUGAGAAGCAACAGCAGCAGCAGCAGCAGCAAUUAUAGUAAAGAAGACGAUCGGAACAAGGAUACUUCUUCUUCACCUUCUACGUUUGAUUCAAGAUUUAAUCAAACUCUCAAAAAUGUUCAAGGGCUGCUCAAAGGUCGAAGUUUUCCUGGUAAGGUAUUGAUAACACAGAGGUCGGAUCCUUUGGAUCAAUCAGCUCUGCAAUCUCCAAAUAAUGACAGAAGGUUCUCGAACGAUGAUACUGAACAAACGGACAAGUUUGAUAGAUCUGUUGAGGAUGAAAUCCAAAACAGAAGCAAUGCAAGUGCCAGUUCAUCAGCUAACAAGACGAAAGCAUCAACAUUGAGUACUGACAAUACAUCCAAAGUGGUUCAGAAAACUGCAAUGGGAGCUAGAUCUACAGAUUCUGCAAGGCUAACGAAAUUCCAGAAAGAAUUAUCUGGAACUACAGUCAUCUUAGAAAAAUUGCGCGAAUUAGCUUGGAGUGGUGUCCCACCUUAUUUGCGUCCUACUGUAUGGAGGCUUCUGUUGGGAUAUGCACCCUCUAAUUCAGAUAGAAGGGAGGGAGUUCUGAAAAGAAAGCGCCAUGAGUAUCUUGAUUGUGUUGCACAGUAUUAUGAUAUUCCUGACAUAGAGCGGACAGAUGAAGAGAUCAGCAUGCUCCGUCAGAUCGGUGUCGAUUGUCCUAGAACUGUUCCCGAUGUAUCUUUCUUUCAACAAGCAGAAGUUCAAAAAUCAUUGGAACGAAUACUGUAUACAUGGGCAAUUCGGCACCCUGCUAGUGGUUAUGUGCAAGGAAUAAAUGAUCUUGCCACGCCUUUCUUAGUUGUUUUCUUAUCAGAAUACUUAAGUGGUAGUAUUGAUACUUGGUCUAUGGCUGAUCUUUCUCCUGAGAAAGUAUCUAAUGUAGAAGCUGACUGUUAUGGGUGUCUAUCAAAGCUGCUUGAUGGUAUGCAGGACCACUACACAUUUGCUCAGCCAGGAAUUCAGAGGCUUGUGUUUAAGCUAAAGGAGUUGGUUAGAAGGAUUGAUGAACCUGUUUUAACCCACAUGGAGGAACAGGGGCUUGAAUUUCUUCAAUUUGCUUUCCGCUGGUUCAAUUGCCUUCUUAUACGUGAGAUUCCUUUUCAUCUUGUAACCCGCUUGUGGGACACAUAUCUUGCGGAAGGAGAUGCAUUGCCAGAUUUCCUCGUGUACAUAUUUGCAAGCUUUCUUUUAACGUGGUCAGAGAAGCUUCAGGAGCUUGAAUUUCAGGAUAUGGUCAUGUUUCUUCAGCACCUUCCAACUCAGAACUGGAAUGAAAUGGAUCUUGAAAUGGUGCUGUCUCGGGCUUACAUGUGGCACACGAUGUUCAAUAAGUCUCCGAGCCAUUUAGCUGGUUGAAGAGCAAAUAACAAUAUCUGUAAGAUGGGCCUUUUUGUGUUACCUUUAUUUGAAGUUUUCACAGAAUAUUUUUCAAUUCUCCGUUCUGUAUUAUGAUUUGUAAUAUUUGUGUUCUUGGUUACUGAAGAAAAGGGAAAGGGAAAAUAAACUCUGAUGUCCAUUUUUUGAUUAUAUUCAAUUGGCAGGCGUUAGUUUAAUUCAUAUUUAUUGAGGCAGAUCCAGAAUACAUUUUGUUUGAACUUCUGAUUUCAAUCUUGUAAAGACAUUGUGGAGGAAGUUUUCGAUUCUGGUUGGCAGUUUUGUGGCUACAGCAGUGCUGUUAGAUGUGUGAUUGAAGGAAGGUUGAUGGGUUUGGGUCGAUGUGGUUGUGGUGGUAUGUUGUGGCAGGUGGCAAAUUUUUUAGUAGAAAUUUACUUUGUACUUAUUUUGCUUUGGAGCAUGUUACAUGUACAUCAAGGCCUACAUAGUGAUUUACACAAUGCUACAUGAUAUUUUA